AUGUCGAACCUAGUCCCUGACUUUGAGGUCAAACUCCUCUUGAACCCUUCAAAAGUACUAGACUCAAACAACAAACUUGCUGGUGUGGUCCAAUCUGAGUUUUCCAUCCAGCAGGACGUCAAAACGAUGAGUGUGCAAUUCGUGGACAACAAAACCAAAGAUAUCUACAACAGCGGCUGGAACCUUCGCAUCCGCAGAACGGAAGGCGCCAAGAAGAUCGAGCUGACAUACAAGAAGCGUUAUCCUAUCGACAUCCCCGAGAUCUCGACAACAGAAGAAACUGAAGGUGGCAUUGGGAAAGCGGUUGCCGCGGCUGCCAAUGACGGGUUCAAUUCGACAACGGAUUUCGAAGCCCAAGUUGAGGUGGGCCAUAAAAAACAAACCCUCUCAAUCAGCCACAGUGAGAAGGCUUCUGCGAAAGGUCUCUCCGGGGUGGAUCUUCCUGGUGCGGAAGCCUCAGGCGCCUUCCUCAUCGCCGACGCGCCUCCGGAGUUCAAAAAUUGGCCAGUGGAGAAAACUUGGCCUGUCGUUUACGGCCCAGUCGUAGCCACCCGGUUGGAAGGUGUUUGGAAUGGGGAGAAGCUUUAUAUCGAGAUUUGGCCGAUUCGCGCGAGCAAGACCGAUGCUACCCUUGUACCAAUCGUUGAGGCAUCGUUCAAAACCUCGGACGUGAACAAAGCAUUGGGUGGACGCCAAGAGCUCGCUGACUUGUUGCAAAGUAAAGGCUGGUUCAUUCCCGGAGAUUCCUUGAAGACCCAACUUGUGAUGGAUCGGUAUGGCCAGUAG